AUGACAAAUCAAACAUCUCCGAUCGAUGAAGAUAUCGAUGAUCAACUUUAUAAUCGGCAACGAUAUGUUCUCGGUGAUGAUGCUAUGAAACGUUUGAGGCAACAUCAUAUUUUAAUCAUCAAUGCUGGUGGUCUGGGAAUUGAAAUAGCGAAAAAUGUUGUUCUUGCUGGUGUACAUAGUGUAACUUUACAAGAUUCAAAUAAUGCGAGUAUACUAGACCUCGCUACUCAAUAUUAUCUACAUGAGAACGAUAUUGGAAAGAAUCGGGCUGAAUGCAGUUUGGAGAAAUUACGGGCAUUAAACGAUUAUGUGAAAAUUUACACUUGCAAGAAAACGUUAUCCGAUUGUUCAGCGGAAUACUUCCAAAAGUUUACAUGUGUGGUUCUAACUGAAGGCAAUCUAGAUGAAAUGAAACGAGUCAAUGAAAUUUGUCGAACGAAUAAUAUAGUCUUUAUUACGGCCGAUAUCUACGGUGUUUUUUCUCGAUGUUUUGUUGAUUGUGGAGCGCAACCAUUCACUGUAUUUGACAAAGAUGGUGAACAGUUGAAAGAAGUGUUCAUUAACCAUAUCUCACCGGAAGGAAUCGUAACGGUUGCGGGUGACGAAAGACAUCCUUUUCAAGAUAAUGAUAUUGUUUCAUUCCGAGAGCUGAUUGGCCUAGAGAAAUUAAAUCAUUGCGAAAGAACUGUGAAAGAUAUGAAUGUUCAUCAAUUUUCUAUUGGAGAUAUAUCUUCCCUUGGCGGAGAAUACAAACGAGGAGGCAUCGCACGAGAAGUAAAACAAAAAGUGCAGAUGAAUUUUCAAAGUUUGAAUGAGCAAAUAAGUAAUCCAAGAAUUUUAACGAUUGAUGGUUCUGAUUACUGGACAAAAGACAUCUCUGGAGAUGUUCCCCAAGUUAUCUAUGUGCAUGUGAUUCUGUUAGCCAUAAGCGAAUUUAAACAACUGCAUCAACGAUUACCUGAACCGAUAGAAGAAAAUGAUCAAAUCAUUCUAACAAACUUAGCAAGAAAAUAUUUGGAUGAAUUGAAAUCCAACGAUCACAAAGUGAACGACGAUUGUUUUCAAAAUCUGACGAAAUAUGUCUUCUACACAGCCAAAGGUUCGUUUGCUCCAAUAUGUUCUGGCAUGGGUGGUUUUGUUGGCCAACAAGUUCUUACGGCAAUCACCGGUAAAUUCACACCAGUUCGACAAUGGCUUUACCUUGACGCAUACGAAUUAAUCAAAGAGAUUCCAGUAGAAGAUGAAUAUAAACAACUGAAAUCAGUGACACCAGAUCGAUAUCAAGCCUUACGGCUGUGCAUUGGCAAUACACUUGUUCAAUGUCUUGCACGACAACGUUUAUUCAUGGUUGGUUGUGGUGCAAUUGGAUGUGAAUUAUUAAAAUUGUUCGCUCUCCUUGGCGUCGGUAGAAAUGGACAAAUUACCAUUACUGAUCAUGAUCAUAUUGAAAAAUCUAAUUUAAAUCGUCAGUUUUUAUUCCAUAAACAACAUCUCAAUCAACCAAAAUCAACAAUCGCUGCACAAUCAGCUCUUGAAAUGAAUCGAGAACUGCAAAUUCAAUCUCACACACAAAAAGUUGGCGUUGGCUCCAAUGAUCUCUGCUCUGAUGCAUUUAUAUCCAGCCAAACCAUUAUCGUCAAUGCACUAGACAAUGUCGAAGCUAGACGAUAUAUGGACUCACGUUGCGUGACAAACAAAAGACCUUUGAUUGAAUCCGGAACCAUGGGUCCAAAAGGUCAUACAUUUGUUGUUGUACCAUACAAGUCAGAAUCUUAUUCCAAUCAAAAUGAUCCAAUUGAUAGAGAUGUUCCGUAUUGUAAUGUGAAAUCAUUUCCGGCAAAUAUCGAACAUUGUACAAUUUGGGCUAGAGAAAAAUUUGAAAGUGCUUUUCAUAUGAAACCAUCAUUGUACAACAGUAUUAUGUCCCAAGCAAAUAUAUGGGAUCGUAUUAAUAACGGAGAUACGAUCGAAGAUCUGCCUAAGAUUUAUAAAUUUAUGAAACGAAAAUGUCUCGACUGGAACGAUUGUUUGUGUUUGGCAAGAGAAAAAUUCGAUAAAUAUUUUUCGAAUAAAGCACGAGAUUUGUUACAUAAAUUUCCAGCUGAUAUGGUCGACGACAAAGGAGUUCCAUAUUGGAAAUUACCAAAACGAGCACCGACACCACUUGAAUUUGAUAUUAAUAAUGAUCUCCAUUACAAUUUUGUUUUGUCGUGUGCGAAAAUAUUUGCCAUGAUCUAUGCGAUUCCGGUAACCAACGAACAGAUCAACGAUGUGGAAACCAAUCGAGAUGUUAUUUCACAGAGUAAAAUUGAACAGUGGCAGCCUAGAAAUAAGAUGAUUAUAACUGAUCCGACAGUUGCAAAACCAACUACAUCUAAACACGAAGGUGAUAUUAGUUCCGAUGAAUGGAAAUAUGUUCAAGAUCGCACAAAAGCUUUUAAAGCCGUGCCCAUUCCAUUCGAAAAAGAUGAUGAUUUUCAAAUCGACUUUAUUACAUCUGCGACCAAUUUGAGAGCACAAAUGUAUGCUCUUGAGAUGGGUGAUCGAUAUGAAAUCAAACGUAUCGCCGGACGUAUUGUGCCUGCGAUUGGAACAACAACUUCUACUGUAUCUGGCCUUAUUAUUGUUGAACUUGUCAAAUUAUGUCUGAGUCAAUUGAAAGAUCUCUCUUUGGCUGUUUACAGAAAUUUCUACAUCAACAUUGCAUUACCGUUUUUUAUCUCCAGUGAGCCGUUAGCGUGUGAAACACAAAAGAUUGGAAAAUUUGAAGUCAAUAUUUGGUCAAGUUUUGAAAUUAAAGGAAAUCCAGACAUGACUCUCGAAGGAUUCAUACAGGAAGUCGAAAAAAAAUAUGAUAUCAAACCAGUAUUAAUAUCCGAAGGAGUCAAGUCAGUUUAUGCACCCUGGAUGCCAAAAGCGUCAUCACAAUUAAAACGAAAAAUGGAUGAAUUACUACCGCACAAAGCGAACAUAACCUAUUCCGAUUUAGUUGUUUUACCGGAUGAUAACGAUAUGGAUGUUCAAACUGACGGAAAUAGCGAAACGACACCACCGCCUAUUCGUUACUAUUUCAAUGGUUAA